UGCUGUUAUUGGUCAAACAGCCACCGACAAAAAGUGGGACGUUCCCGGAAAAAUCGCUAACCGGAAGGGAAGGCCAGAGCCUCAGAAGAAGAAAACAGCCGCCUCAGAUGAGACCAUCGAAAGAAGAAAAAGUACUCUCCCACUGGUGAGGUCCUCUUCCUCUGGCUCAUCUACCUGCCUGACCAAACUUGCCCCCCGUCUAGCUCAGCCUCACCUACCCCCUGCUCCGAGCCUAAAGUUGACCAGACUUCCUCCCUCUUCUCCCGGCUUCUACUACUUUCUCCCGAUUAUCAAAAAACUGCACAAUGGCAGGGCGAGGCGGACCAGCGCGGACCAACGGCACUGCAGCGAGCAACAAGAUCUGCCAGUUUAAGCUCGUGUUGUUGGGGGAAUCAGCGGUGGGAAAGUCCAGCUUGGUGCUGCGCUUUGUCAAAGGCCAGUUCCACGAGUACCAGGAGAGCACCAUCGGAGCUGCCUUCCUCACACAGACGGUAUGUUUGGAUGAUACAACAGUCAAGUUUGAGAUCUGGGACACUGCAGGACAGGAACGGUAUCACAGCUUGGCGCCCAUGUACUACAGGGGCGCCCAGGCCGCCAUCGUGGUCUACGACAUCACCAACACAGAUACAUUCACACGUGCAAAGAACUGGGUGAAGGAGCUCCAGCGACAAGCCAGCCCCAAUAUUGUUAUUGCACUGGCAGGAAACAAAGCCGACCUGGCCAACAAGAGAGCCAUAGAUUUCCAGGAAGCGCAAGCCUAUGCAGAUGACAACAGUUUGCUCUUCAUGGAAACGUCCGCCAAGACUGCCAUGAACGUCAAUGAGAUUUUUAUGGCUAUAGCCAAGAAGCUUCCCAAGAACGAGCCUCAGGGUGGAGCGGGCGCCGGCGUGCGAACCAGAGGUGGCGUGGACCUGCAGGAAGCUGCGCCGCAGGGCCGAAGUAGCCAGUGUUGUGGGGGCGGGAACUAACUAACACGAGUCAGCUGAUCCAACCAAUCUACAGCUUCGAUCAACCAGACCAGAUAUUAGCCAGCUGUCAAACAAUGUCCCAUUGGUCAAACCAAACCAUGGUCGGACCAACCACCCUAUGAGCAACACGGCACCAAUUAACUGUUUGGCAAAAGAGUCCACUGGCCAGUAAACUGCCAGACCCCUCCGACGGUUGAACCAUGAAAUCAACCCACAGGCUUAUUUACAGAAUCAUGUUUUAACCCCAGGACCUGCCAAUCCAUGACCUCUAUUGAUGAUGGACACUUGACGUCACCGUAGGGGAGAAAACAACAAAACAUCCCAAUCAUGGAAGAAAAAAUAAAUAAAAGAAGAUCAGUCAUUACCAAUGACACUUAAUAGGGUCAUCCUGCUCACAUCUUUGUUUCUGUAUUUGUGUAGAAGAAAAAAAAAUGAAAGCAACAGGAAUGAAUAUAAACAGGCUCAUUGGCCC